AUGCUUCAGCAGCAGGAGCCGGAGGCAAGAGGCGCCCGCCUUUUGGAUCGCUUCAAUCAUCGCUAUCCAGAUGGCAGCUACGAGUUUCGCUAUGAACUGGACGACGGCACGGCGCGGUACGAGCGCGGCUACUUUGCCUUCAUCAACGAGGUGAAGACGCUAAUGGUGGUCGGUUACUACUCCUACCGUAUGCCCGAUGGACGUUACAUUACGGUCUUCUACAAUGCGGAUCAGUUUGGUUACAGGCAGAAUCAAUCGAUCACACCUGAAGUCUAUCCCAAUCUGCCGCGUUCCAUUGAGGUGCCUGCGCUCAAGGAGUCAACGGCGGUGCGACAGAAGGCAACGCCGCAGCCAUCGGCACAGACACAACCACACAGUCUGCAAUUCCGAGAGCCAGGCACCACCAGCAACUAUGUCAGCUCCACCACAUCGAGGGCGUCGGUGCUAGCCACUCGCAGGGGACGCUACUGA